GUGCAAAGCAAGCACACAGGCCUGCAUCAUCAUCAUCGCGCGCAGUCGUCGUCGACGAUGCGACGCAGCAUGUACCUCUGGAUGAUGGGCGUCGCAGCAGCCCUGGACUUACCAAGAGGCGGCGUGACGGCCAUGCGCGGCGCCUCGAACGUCAUACGGAAGCUCGGCGGAGCGUCGAACAGCGACAGCGCGCGACAUGGAGACUUUUUCGAUCGGAGCGAAGCCUUAUUACGCACUGAAAACGAAUUGGAGGAGUUAGAUGGCGGUCAACCGGCGGCCGGUGCGGUCGUGAACGUUUUAGCGUGGUGCGUCAUUUUGGGCGUUGUUUGCGGCUCUCUAUACCUAGUCACGGCCGACGCCAUCUCGAAGUACGCCCACAAGCUCACGGAGGAACUAAAUGUAAGUUCCGAGCCGCUGCAGGCCGCCUUGGCUGUGUUGGGUGUUUUAUACUCCGUUCUACUGGGGUCGACUUUAGGAGCCGCGAUGACGCGGCAAGAAACCCAAUUACAUGCGGUCGGGGCGGAACUCGCCGCCGCCGAACUAUUGGAAGGCGGCCUCAACGAUUUAGAUGCGCCGGAGACGGAAGUCUACUUUCAAAGAGCAUUGGCGGCGGCGGCCGCGCACUGUCGACGACUAGAGGCGUCCAUAGACGACACGCAGCGGCGCGGGCGUCGUCCGAAGUCAAAUGAGAAGCAGCGCUUCGUCGACCCGCUGGCGGACUGCGCCGCGGCUCUGGCUGACGCUCGGUGUCCGCCGACGCCUCUGGGCGCUCGCGCGGACUUGGAAAGACUGCAUGAAUACCGAGCGCAACGACGGGCGGCGGGCGCGGGGCCGCGCUUCCCCUCGGGCCACUGGGUCGUGCUGCGGACUCUGGGAGCGUUCUGUGCGGCAACUGUUGCGGUCGUUUGUGCUCUAGAUAGAGGAGCAGCCGGCGGCGCCGUGCUCGUCGGCGUGACCGCGACCGCCUUGGCGCUGUCCGAGACGAUCGUGGCGGACGUGGCCGAUCGGAAUUCUGGGAUGUACACCGCGGCGCGGUCGUUUCUACCGGCGGUCGCGCGCCUGCGCGCGCGUCUGGAGCGCAAAGCGGCAAGGGCAGAAGCUAGGAUAGAGAUGGCCGCGGCCUCUGCGAAGCCGGCGCCAAAAGGCCUCGCUGCCUUACUGACGCCGCCCGCGCCGCCGCCCGAGCCGCGGCCGGCGGCGUCCCUCGAUCCGGGGCUAUCGUGA